CAUGUCUGACGAAGAGCACCACUUCGAGUCCAGCGACGCCGGAGCUUCCAAGACCUAUCCUCAGCAGGCUGGUAACAUCCGUAAAGGUGGUCACAUCGUCAUCAAGGGCCGUCCCUGCAAGGUUGUUGAGGUUUCGACAUCGAAGACAGGCAAGCACGGUCACGCGAAGUGUCAUUUCGUUGCUAUUGAUAUCUUCACUGCUAAGAAGCUUGAGGAUAUUGUUCCCUCUUCCCACAAUUGUGAUGUUCCACAUGUGAACCGUAUUGAUUACCAGUUGAUUGAUAUCUCUGAGGAUGGCUUUGUUAGCCUUUUGACCGACAGUGGUGGCACUAAGGACGACCUCAAGCUUCCCACCGAUGAUAAUCUCAGCGCUCUGAUGAAGAGUGGAUUCGAGGAGGGAAAGGAUGUGGUGGUGUCUGUGAUGUCUUCAAUGGGAGAGGAGCAGAUCUGUGCCGUCAAGGAAGUUGGUGGUGGCAAGUAAAACCAAAUAUCAUUCUCUUUUCACAGCGGAUGAUAUUACUACCCAAUGUUAUAAGAACCAAAAAAAAAAACAUGUUUUUUUUCCCUUUUUUCUAAUUUAGACCAUUUGUGUGUGUUUCUUGUUGCAAGACAACCAUAUCUAUUGGUUUUGGAUUGUUUGAAACGUUUGGUGUUUUAAAACAGGAAAAGUUAUCCUACCCUUUGCUUUAGUAUUAUUAUUCAAGAAUAUUACGUUUAAGCAAACCUCGUUAACCAUUCAAACGAUAUUUGUAAAUUAUUCGAAACAAUGCCUUAACCAUGUCACAGAGAUGAUGCGUUUGAACUUUGAGAAUCUGAUGAUAGUACC